CAAAACACAAAGUAGGAGAAGUGUUUGUAGACUAUCAACAUCGAAUGUUUCAUCGUUCUCUCUUUUUGCCUCAUCUUCGCCCUAUCAUGUGUAUAUCUCUCGUCGCACAAACUACAAAGUCAUCAACGCGAAACCGUUUACAUUUCUAUUUAUUUUGUGUUGGGUCGUCGAUCGAGUCAGACUGAUUUUCUAAUUAUUCUCUCAUUUUACGGAAGAAACAAUUUAGUUUAUUAACUUGAAUAAAAUUCGAUUUUUUUCGAUAAAACUUUUGUCAAAAAAGUGAAGCAAAUUCAAUAUUUUCAAAGUGUAAUACAAAGCGUAUUCAAAAUCCAAUCAUCAUGAAUAAAUUCCUGAUUGUUUUCGUUGGAAUGUUGGCGGCUGCGAAUGCCAUCUCAUACUUCGAGCUUGUCAAAGGGGAAUGGGACGCAUUCAAGAGUGAGCAUGAUAAAAACUACAAAAGCGAUACGGAGGAACGUUUCCGUAUGAAGAUUUUUAUGGAAAAUAAAAAUAAAAUUGCACAACAUAAUCAAGCCUAUGCAAAGGGACAUGUUACAUACAAAUUGGGAUUGAACAAAUACGCCGAUUUGUUGCAUCAUGAAUUCAUUCAACACAUGAAUGGAUUCAAUCGAUCGGUUGCAUUGAAAAUGAGCAAAGGUGACAACAAACCCGUAGAAGAGCCAAUCUUCUUCGUUGAACCAGCAAAUGUUGAAGUUCCCGCCUCAGUUGACUGGAGAGACCAGGGUGCUGUGACUGAAAUCAAGGACCAAGGUCACUGCGGCUCAUGCUGGUCAUUUUCGGCUACCGGUGCAUUGGAAGGACAACACUUCCGUAAAACGGGUGUUUUGGUCUCAUUGUCAGAGCAAAAUCUCGUCGACUGCUCGGCUUCAUACGGAAACAAUGGCUGCAACGGUGGAUUAAUGGACAACGCAUUCCAAUACAUCAAAGAUAAUGGUGGUAUCGACACAGAGAAGACUUAUCCAUACGAAGGCACAGAUGACACCUGCAAAUACAAUCCAAAGAACUCGGGCGCUACUGAUCGUGGUUUCGUCGACAUCCCAGAAGGUAAUGAAAAGAAAUUGGUUGCUGCUCUCGCCACUGUCGGUCCAGUCUCGGUUGCCAUCGAUGCAUCACACGAAUCCUUCCAAUUCUACCAAUCGGGCGUGUACUAUGAGCCACAAUGUGAUUCACAACAAUUGGACCAUGGCGUUUUGGCUGUUGGCUACGGAACUGAUGAGAAUGGCAAAGACUACUACAUCGUUAAGAAUUCAUGGGGUACGACUUGGGGAGAUAGUGGCUACGUUAAAAUGGCUCGCAACAAGCACAACCAUUGCGGUAUCGCUACUUCAGCCAGCUACCCACUCGUUUAAACUCUCUACUUUUAAACGUUCUAUCAAUUUUCUCUUUUUAUUUUCUUUUGUCAUUUUCAUUUCAAAUUUUUCAUAUUUUACUCUACCUUCUACUUUGGUCGAAAACGUUCGUUUUCAACGAAUAUUAUUUCGAGAUCCACCUUUAUUCACUAAAUAUUUUACUAAUAUCGAAUAAAAGAAAAAGAAGAAGUCUAGUUCAUGUUACCAAAUAAUAACUUGUAUGUUAGCAUUGUUGAUUGCGUGACUUAGGACAGAUAAAAGAAAAUGCGAAUUAAGCGAUACUUUAUUUUGUAGAAAUAAAAUUAUACAUAUGUUCCAUUAAAGAACAAUACGAAUACUUUCAAGCAUUAUAUAUCGAAACUAUACAUAUAGAUUUGGUCUGAUCUUCACAGGAUAAAUUAAGGAAAUCGAAGAAAAAAAAAGAAACAAAUCAAUUAUAAAAAUUUGAAUAAGAAUAAAGUUAUUUUAAAAGAAGUUAACUGUGAA